CUGCUACAUAAAGUGUCCCUUUCUCUGAUACAGGACAGUAAUGAUAAGCACCUACAUCUGACUUGGUAGGCAAACAAUCUCGCAUCGAAGCAGAACCUGAACACUGGCAGCCGGUAAAAAGGGGCGGUGAUUCGAGUGGUGGACAAGCUCUCUCGGUUAUCGUGACGCGAGCAGCUUCGAGUUGUGACAUCACUUUUGGACAUGUUGAACCCUGAACUUGAACAUCUACCCUGAGCAAUCCAAUGAGUUCCGACUCGAACCCCAGCGAGAUCAAAAUGUCGGCCUCUACGCGCGCCAUGCUGGCCAAAGUCCGCAAACUUGUCCCUCCCAUGCUCGAGAAAUUCCACAAGGGACAGCUGGGUCGAGUUGCCGUCAUCGGUGGCAGCGCAGACUAUACGGGAGCGCCGUACUUCUCGGCCAUGGCGUCGGCACGGCUGGGCUGCGAUCUGUCCUACGUCUUCUGCGAACCCUCGGCUGCGCAGACGAUCAAAUCAUACUCUCCAAACUUGAUGGUGUCUCCGAUCCUCCGGUCGACGGCUUCGAUAUCACAAGCACAAAAGGACAGCGACGCCUCGGGUGAAGAGCUGGCCAAACCGAUCCUGGACAUGCUUCCACGGCUGCAUGUGCUGGUUAUUGGGCCGGGCCUGGGCCGUGACGUGGUCACCCAGAAACAGGUCAAGGCAAUCAUUACUGCUGCAAGAAAACAUAACCCGCCCGUGCCAAUGGUGCUGGACGCUGAUGCUCUGUGGCUCGUGCAAACGGACCCCGAUCUGGUCAAAGGCCACAAGGAAUGCAUCCUGACCCCGAAUGUGGUCGAGUUUGGCCGUCUGGCCAAGUCGGUGGGCUACGAUCAAACCAAAGGCGAUCCGGAAAAGGCGUGUCAGGAUGUCUCCAAGAUACUAGGUGGUGUGUGCAUCAUCCAGAAGGGCGCGGUAGACUUCAUUUCCCAGGGCAUAGACACUACAAUCUGCGAUCUUCAAGGAGGAUUGAAGCGGGCUGGCGGUCAAGGUGAUACACUGACAGGGUCUCUCGGCACUUUCCUCGCUUGGCGUGAACUUUACCACCAGGAUCUGUGGGAUGUGGGCGAGGACAAGAUGAGCAGAGAGGAAACGUUGCUGGUUGCUGCAUUUGGCGGAAGUGCAAUCACAAGGGAAUGUUCGCGACGCGCUUUUGCAAAGCGUCAGAGGAGUUUGCAGGCCAGCGAUUUGACUGACGAAGUGCAUAACUCGUUCCUCACCCUCAUUGGCGAGCCGGGCGAAGGUCCCAGAGAGAACCUCUGAAGUUUGAGAAUUCUUGCUUGUGGUGGGCAUGUGCAGCAGCUUUUUGAAAUGGCUCCAAUGUAACAUAACGAAACAAACGAAGCGCAAUGAGUUCGGGAAACAUGAGCUGUCCGAAGAAUG